AUGUUGCGGAGCUCUGCGUUCAUCAGGGAUCGCACAGAGAGAACAUCCCUGGUGGUUCUGUGGCGAGCCAUGCAGUGCGAUGCCGCAGUCCCUGACCCUGCACAGACGCCAGCUGCUCAUGGGCCCACUCUGGUGAACUUCUACGUUUGCGGUGGGCUUUGCCUCCUUUUUAGCCUGAUGCUGCUGUAUUCGAAGCGGAAGAAGUUCAGGUGGCUCGCUAUAGUUGAUCUGAGUAUCGAGCAGGAGGACUUCGCCUGGAAAAGUGACUUGCUUUGCAUCCUGUUCUUUGUCCUCUCUGCCGUUGGAUUUCUCCUUGCAGCAGUGUCUACGCAGGUGUAUCCGGCUGGUGCAAAUUGGGGCAUCCAGACAAGCAAGGUGGUCAUUAUCCUGGCUUGGACUUGCCUGCUCAUCACUAGCUGUGGGGCGGUGCAAGCCAUGUGUACUUCAAGGUGCCUGAAGGUAGCAGUUUGGUUUCUGGGUCUGGCAGCGGUCUUCGCUGGCUUCGUCGAUGUUGCGAUACCAGAGGACAGGCACUUUCAAGGCUUCAUGUGGUGUCUAACGGCUUUAACCUUUGUAUGCUCUUUUGCUUGGGCAGUGGCAUGCAACUACGACAGAUCAAAAGAUCCUUCCCCGGGUGCUGUUGGCAGCAACCCGUGUGCCGGUUACCGCAGUUGCUUCUACGUUCUGGCAAUGACCAGCUACUUGAUGACGGCAAUCUGGGAACCGGAUUGUGGCUAUGCGGGGCAUUCUGUUUGCUAUGAGAACUGUGGCAUGGCCCCAGGCUUCCACUUUGCACUUGCACUGCUUGCAAUCGUGCCCUUCUACACCCAUGUGAUACCGUUUCAGUCCUCUAAUCCCUUUCCCGUGGCCUUCCCGGACAUGCCGUCUUUCUUGGUCUACCGGACUGAGCCAGAAAUUGGCACCAUUUCUGCAGCCCAAGUGCCGCCCUCUUGA